CCCCGUCACUCAGCCAGCAGCACCUCCUCUCUGGCCCUCGUCUCCGUUCUCUGGUGUUCGCCGGUGAGCUCAGCAGCGGCCGCGGCUCAUGAUGGAGGCCAUCAAGAAAAAGAUGCAGAUGUUGAAGCUGGACAAGGAGAACGCCCUAGACCGGGCCGAGCAGGCGGAGGCCGAGCAGAAGCAGGCAGAGGAAAGGAGCAAACAGUUAGAAGAUGAGCUGGCAGCAAUGCAGAAGAAGCUGAAAGGGACGGAAGAUGAGCUGGACAAGUAUUCCGAAGCUUUGAAGGAUGCGCAGGAGAAGCUGGAGCUGGCCGAGAAGAAGGCAGCGGACGCUGAGGCUGAGGUGGCCUCCUUGAACCGUAGGAUCCAGCUGGUUGAAGAGGAGCUGGACCGUGCUCAGGAGCGCCUGGCCACUGCCCUGCAGAAGCUGGAGGAAGCUGAGAAAGCUGCCGAUGAGAGCGAGAGAGGCAUGAAGGUUAUUGAAAACCGAGCUUUAAAAGAUGAAGAGAAGAUGGAACUCCAGGAAAUCCAGCUCAAAGAAGCUAAGCACAUUGCAGAAGAGGCAGAUAGGAAGUAUGAGGAGGUGGCUCGUAAGUUGGUGAUUAUUGAGGGAGACUUGGAACGCACAGAGGAACGAGCUGAGCUGGCAGAGUCUAAGUGUUCUGAGCUGGAGGAGGAGCUGAAGAAUGUCACCAACAACCUCAAGUCUCUUGAGGCUCAGGCGGAGAAGUACUCUCAAAAAGAAGACAAAUAUGAGGAAGAGAUAAAGAUUCUUACUGAUAAACUCAAGGAGGCAGAGACCCGUGCUGAGUUUGCUGAGAGAUCGGUAGCCAAGCUGGAAAAGACAAUUGAUGAUUUGGAAGAUGAGCUCUAUGCCCAGAAACUGAAGUACAAGGCCAUUAGCGAGGAGCUGGACCACGCCCUCAAUGACAUGACCUCUAUAGCGUCUCUACAGCCAACUUGAGCGAAACCGCCUGCUUUCUAAUGAGCUGAAGCUAACGCUGCAUGAUCUAUGUGACUGAUGGCAGGGCUCCCUGAUGCCCAUUAACCCAGCUUAUUGCUCACACCACUGACCUGGACCCCAGCAAAAAGCUGAUUGUCUCUUGAAAGUUUACUAAGUUGCCCUAAGCAAAUUGCUUUUCAACUGGGGCGGUUAGAGUAUUGUUGACGUCCUGUGUAGUAGGAAUGUUUAAUACUGCAUUUCUAUCCCUUUUCAAGAGCUUGUGGGUGAUGAAGGGAGGGGCCUGAGAGGUUAUAGUGAGAAAACUUGGGAGAGUUUUCUGCUUUCCACCCUUAUUUGCUGCUCCUUGACUUGUGCACUGACUGUAGGAUACUUCCCUUGCAUGGAUGUUUUCUAACAAUAAAAGGAAUGACUUGACAAGAUGUGGUAACUGCUUUAUCUGCAGGCCCAGCGAUGGGCCCUUCUGACUGGAUGCAAAAAAAGGGCGUGGAAUAUUCAUAGAUCUGUGUGCCAUCACCUUCCCUGAGUGAAAGAUCUGAGUAUUUUCCCACCUCCAUAGAGCAGUCAGAGAGGUUUGCUUUCUGCGCAGAUUAGAUUCUCUUUGAUGUCCAGCUGCUGGUUUUCUUCCUGACAUUUUCCAUGCUGCUUUUUCCUGAUUUUAUGUUUAAUUUUAACUAACUGUGUCACAGGCUAGUUCUGAAUAAACACUGCAAAAAUCUUAAGGUUUUGCUUACACGUAUA